GAUUACAAUUUCCGGUUUGGUUUGAACGUGCGCGCCUGUUUCACUCCGGACGGUUGGUAGGAGGAGAACCUGCGUGGAAUAUAUGGCUCAAACCAGGUAAGAACAUAAUAUAUUAACUUCUACAGGAUGUUAAUCGCAGUAAAAAGUGUUAACCGAGGGAAGCGACUGAAUUGUCUUUGAAGCUGGUUAAGACCAGUUAUUAAUUGCAUCUACGUUUGCUAGCAACAAAUGUUAGCUUAAAACAAAAUAAUGGCGUGGCAACUAAUUUAUCCGGCCAGAUAUUGAGUAUAUCUGAAAUGUAUGUGUCUAAAUAUACUAAAAUGACCAAAAGUGGAUUAACUAUGGUGUUUUUUGUGGUCAAAUUAUGGUACUUUGUCGAAUUUAAAACUGCGCCAUUAGUGGGGUGGGGGUGGGUAUACGCGGUGCCUCGCCGUCACUUCAUCCUCUGCUGAAACUGCAGCCAUUUUCAGACAAGGUCCGUUUAAUCAGGCACGAAUAUCAAACGUUUAUGCUCUGUUGCAUAUUGUCCGUGAUUUGGACGUGUUCACAUCCAGUGACAAUAUGCCGUCGCAAAACCUUCCGCGUUGCCUCUGAGGCGCCGCAGACCCGAAGCUACCUUGACGUGCGCCUACUAGCAGCGCCAAAUAUCCAGUUCUGUGGACUCAAGCUCGCCGUAAAGGGCAGCGCAGAGGUACAGUUGAUUACUCGGUCGCACGAGUAUGAACUACCAUAGGCAGGUAGAAGGUGGGAUACGUUACAAUUUAAAAAAAAAAGUUAAUUAAACAACCUCGGUUUCUUUUGCUUCAGUGCUGUUUGUUGGAUCGCUUUCCUACGGGGACCACAUUGGGUCUAAUUCUUUGCACAUUUCUCCACUUUUUCCAGAAGGUGCAGUCGAAAGAUGCCACAAUGUUGCUCAAAGUGAAGUAUCAACAUACCAAGAAGUACAUCCGAUUACUGUCAGGGUUCACCUUUUUGGAUUUCAUCACUCAAGUGAAACAAAAGUUUGGGCUUCCUGAUGCAACUGAACUGGACGUUUUUGAUGAGACCAACACAUUAAUUGAGGAAGACAUUUUUUUGGAACUGAUAGAGGCCAGUCCAGAUCUCUGCCUGACAGUUUGUGACAGAAAUCCUGAUGCAGUUCAUACACUGGAGGAGAUACAGCUUGCACCUGGUACAACAACACAAGACAGCAUUGCAGGGGAAGACUUCUCUCCUUUGGAUCAUUCAACGUCCUCCCUCACGGAUACUGACACGUCACUUUCUUCAAGUGGCAAUGACCACGGCAGUGGAGUAGAAUCAGGGAUUCCCAUUGGCACACGUACAUCCAGCCCUGAAGUCACAACCAGGCCUCGCACAGAGGUUUCUGAGUCAGAGGCUGCAAAAGAGGUACUCAUGGGAAGCAGAUGUAAUUUAUAUUGUUGACAUCAUAAAUUGUCAAACUGAGUAACCCUCCUUAAUCAGUGGUUGUAACUUAUACUCCUAAUCUUGAUGGUAUAUUGUUAAUGAUUUCCCCAAUAGAUGGUAGAAAAUGCCUUGCUUUGCAAACCUGGGGUGAGGAUAUCAUUGCAGAGUACAACGCAGAAAAGUCACUCACUCACCGCACCCGGAGACGGCUUGUGAACAUUUUGGCUAGCCAUAUGACUGAAAGUCAUGGGAGGAUGCCUUCCCGUAAACAUAAGGAGAAGUAUGCCCUGGGAAUUAUAACACUCUUUCCUUCACUAAAGGAUCCUUUUUCUCCAAAGGGCUAUCUUAAUCAAGACUUCAGUCUGUUGUUUGGAGCUGAAACAACUUCCAAGAUGCUGGAGAAGUGGGACACAACUUUCAGGCCCAAGGUUAUCAAUGAGGCCAAACACCUGACUCAGUCAACUGAGCUGUGCCGACUUCUAAAAGCUGCUGAGAAACUGACCGAGAAUGAUGACACCACCUGGGACAGUGACAUGGCUUCUCUGCUGCUCCUUCUCCAUCUGCUGCCACCCACAGCUGGACGGAAGAGGACGAAGAUAAGUCCCAGUGAUGCAGUGGACAAAAUGUUGCACUUCCACAAGUCAUGCUGCAGCCUUGAUGAACACCUUCAGAAAAGAGAUGGUAGACAACCAUACAUCCUUGCUGUUGGUCGAACCAGGAACAGGAUCGACACUUUCUACAUUGUUGUGGACAAACAGCUCAUCCCCUGCCAAGCCACCAGCUCACUGGGUGCGUUUGAUGAACUGUUUAAAUCGCACUACGUAUUCAACCUGUCGUACGACGAGUACCUGGGCCAGCUUUUCACUUUUUUACAAACAACAGUGUACAACAUUGAUGUGGCAACAACAAAUGAGUCUCCUAGAGUUCGUGAGUUGCGGGCAAAAGUCCUAAACUAAGUUUCUUAAAUGUUUAAGUGUUUUAUUUGUGAUGCUGUUUUUGCUCACUGCCAUUCAUUAAUCUCACAUGUAAGACUUAAUCACAGUUUUUAUCCUAGCACCAGGUUCAAGUUAGUUUGUGCACAAGGUUGUUGUAGGCGUCAGUUUUCAACAUAUGCAGGUUUUAAAAAACAUUUAAUUAGUUCUCAUGAGA